AGUCUCCAUUUUACGGACGGCGUGCGAAUGCAUCACAAUUUCCUCCCUUACAAGCCGCGCCUGGUUUCCUCUCCGUGGGACAGGGAGGCUGAGCGACGGACGGACGACAGCCCACCAGCAGAAAAAAACACCAUGUGAAGAAAAAGUAUAUAAAAAGGGUCACGGAAAGCAAACUUGCAAGGGUGAGAGCUUAAUCAUUUGUCUCGCCACCACCGGGCCAGCGUGUUUAACGGCUCGGCAGAGAGCGAAUGGACAGAGCGGGAGAGGAGCAGGACAGUCUCAUCAGUGGUAGCAGACACGUAUACAAUGCCGACAAGUGAUGGCCCCAGCCGCUUUCCGGUCUUUGUGGCUCCGGCCCAUGCUAACCACCAGAGGUCUCCAGGUUAUGUCCCCGGGCGGGUGGCUCCGGUGCGUUCGCCACCACCUGCCAAAGCUCCGCCGCCUCCACCGAUAAAACCUCACGGCCCCCCUCCGGAGCGACAAGCUGCUUUCAGCCUGUCAGAGGAGAGCCAGCGAAGGGAGCGUGCUCAGAACCUCCAGCAAAGAAAGAACACGUAUAUCUGUUUUGGAGUGUCCACUGCAGCUUUUUUCCUCACCCUCAUUCUUGUCUUUAGUCUCAAGAGUGGACAUGUGUUAGAUGAGAAUUGUCCGGACCACAAUCCAUCCCUCAGUAGCUGGAACCCAGGCCACCAUCCAGAGAAGGCAGUUGUUGUCGGGAUGGGACAGCUGUUUCGACUGGAUGCUUCUGCUACCUUACAUUCACUGACCAUCCAGUCAGGAGGUCGGGUAGUUUUUGCAGACAAUGCUGACGGCUCCAAGAACAUAACCCUGAGAACACAUCACAUCCUCAUAGAAGAUGGUGCAGCCCUUCAUAUCGGUGCUCCCAAAUGUCGCUACCGUUCUCGUGCCACUAUUGCCCUUUUGGGCCGCUCUGACAAUAAGGUAGUCCCUGAAGUGCCCGGCCUGGGCCGCAAGUUCAUAGGCGUCAUGCCUGGUGGGACUCUUGAGCUACAUGGCACUGAGAGGGUUUCCUGGUCUCUGCUGACGCGAAGUGUUCUGGCCUCAGGUCUGGCCACAAGAGAUUAUGCCUUCCAGCGGAACUUCAGCCGAGGUAUCAACCUGCGCGUGGUGGACCAAGACACAGCUGCUGUGCUGGUCUCUGAACGCUACGACACACACGACUCUCGUAAUGACAGUCGACGGCUCACGCAGCUGCUGCGGUCCCUGCCAGCAGGCCGCAUUGUCACACUGGCUGUAGGAGACUCAGCUGUCAAAAGUCUUCUGGAUGAAACCAAGAAGGCCAUUGAGGAGAAGCUCGGCAGUAGCUUUGUCUAUGAUCUCAAAUACAGACAGGCCUGGGCUUUAGUCUCAGUGGUAGGCGGCGGUAACGUGUCAUGCUCAGAGGAUGUUCGCGAACAUGAAAACCACAACACAGGAGGGAGAGCUCUGGCAAGACAGAACUUCACCACCGUGGAUGGAGUGGGCUUCUCAGUCACCGCCUACAGCGAGUGGAAGAAUGGUUUCCCCAUCUCAGGCUUUCAGGUGGACGCUGUGGACCAGGUGGUGCUCAACCUCCAGGAUGAAGUGCAGCAGACCUGGCAUCCCGGGGAUCAUAUUGUAAUGGCCAGCACAGACUACUCCAUGCACCAGGCUGAAGAGUUCACCUUGUUGCCCUGCCCUCACUGCACCAGCAGGCAGGUCAGGAUACAAGGGAAGCCUCAGUAUAACCACGUUGGGGAGAUCAUAGAUGGGGUCGACAUGCGUGCUGAGGUGGCCCUGCUCUCCAGGAACAUUCUCAUCUACGGAGAAAUGGAAACCUCUUGUUAUGGAAACAACUUGUGCGAGUUCUACAGCCACGACACCUAUGGAGGCCACAUCAAGAUCUUUGGUAACUUCUCAUCAGUGCAUCUGUCCCACGUGGAGCUGAAGAGCAUGGGCCAGCAGGGGGAGAAUGGCCGUUACCCAGUCCACUUCCACAUGUGCGGUGAUGUGGACCAGAGGGGAGGCUACAGGGAGCCCACCUAUGUGGACGGACUCUCUAUACACCACUCCUUCUCCCGCUGUCUCAGCAUCCAUGCCACCAAUGGCUUGCUGGUGAAGAACACGGUAGGCUAUGACACCUUGGGUCACUGUUUCUUCCUUGAGGACGGCAUUGAGCAGCGCAACACUUUCUACCGCAACCUUGGCCUGCUGACUCGACCUGGGACUCUGCUGCCCACUGACCGCAAUGAAACCCUCUGCACCAGCAUCAAGGACAAAGUCUACAAGGGCUACACUCCCUCCCCCAGCACAGAGUGCAAGGCAGUUUCAACAUUCUGGAUAGCCAACCCCAACAACAAUCUCAUCAGCAAUGCAGCUGCUGGUUCUCAGGAUGCUGGCAUAUGGUUUGUGUUCCACAGCUCAUCCACCGGCGACUCUCUUGGGCUGGUGCCCGAGACCAAGGCAGAGCUCACUCCCCUGGGGAUAUUUUACAACAACCGUGUGCAUUCCAACUUUAAGGCAGGACUGUUCAUUGAUAAAGGAGUGAAGACCACCAACGCUAGCGCCACAGACCCCCGGGAGUACCUGUGUCUAGAUAACAGUGCCAGAUUCCGACCACACCAGGAUGCCGACCCCAGCCGCCCUCGGGUGGCGGCAGUCAUCGAUACUCUGAUCUCCUACAAGAACAACGACUUAGGAGCCUGGAUACGCGGAGGUGACAUCGUCAUCCAGAACUCCGGCUUUGCAGACAAUGGAGUCGGAUUAUCUUUUGCCAGCGAUGGCAGCUACCCUAAGGAUGAAGGUUCCAGCCAGGAGGUGACACAGUCUCUGUUUGUGGGUGAAAGCCGAAACAGAGGGACCAUUGGAGGACAGAAUAAAUACUGGGGCCUUGGAGGGGCUGAUGCAAAGAUGAGGACGCUGCCUAGAAACAGGACGUUCCCAAUCCGUGGUUUCCAGAUCUAUGAUGGUCCGGUGCGGCUUACAAAGAGCACAUUUCGUGGAUUCAUCCCCACACCGGAGCGUUACACCAGCGCAGUGGGAUUCAGCCUGAAGAACACUUGGCAGCUCAACCCCCGCAACAACCUGUCCCAGCUCAGCUUCCACUCCACUGUGGGGCUGCGGACGUUCUUUGGUCGCCCCGGGCAGUGGUUUGAAGAGAACGACCUGGACGGUGACAAAAACUCCAUGUUUCACGACAUGGACGGAUCAGUAACAGGCUACAGAGACACCUACGUCGGCAGAGUGGACAAUUACCUGAUCCAACAUCCUGGCUGUGUGAAUGUGUCCCAGUGGAGCGGCGUGAUCUGCAGUGGCCGCUACUCUCAGGUGUACAUUCAGACCCAGGGAGCCCCCAGCCUCAGUUUAUCCAUCAGCAGAGAUGAGUACCCUGAUGCUCCUCUGGUACUGAGAGGGAUUAACAGCCAGGGGGCGCUGUCUCAGCAGUACCAGCCCAUCCUAAUGAUGAGCAAGAGCUACACUCUGCACUGGAGUGGACCUGCGCCCAGAGAGGUUGUCCUCUCUCUUAUAAACUUUGACAAAGAUGACUGGGUGCUGGUGGGACUCUGUUACCCGUCAGACACCACAUUUCAGAUCAUGGCCGACAUCAACGACAGACAAAGCAACACCUUUGACGACAUUGUAGACUAUGGCACCAUGUCGUCCCUCGCAGAGCUGCAGAAGAGGCCGUUGGAGAGGAAGUACUUCUUUGACCGAACUGUUGGCUUGUUGUGGCUCUACCUUCGGGCCCGGCAUAGUCGGGACGGUCACAGUUACUGUUCAGUAAAAGGCUGCGAAAGAGUGAAGAUCAUGGCCACCACGUCGUCCACACAGAUCUGUAACUGCUCAGCCAAGGCCUACCCCAAAUACUCCAAGACGCCCUCAGCGGUGGUGCCUAUGCCGCCUUUAAACACACAGGCCUGCAAAGGCUGCGGUGCUAAACAGCUUGUGUUUUCUAGUGAGCCAUGGACCUCCUACCUCCAAACACAAGUCAAGUCUCUCUGCAACAAAGAGCAGCAGAGAGGAGAUAACAGCUCCUUCAUCACUGUGAAUGAAGUGACCAUGCCCUUCUCUCAGCCUGGGUACUUCGUUGUCACAGUGGAUGCCUGCUCUGGCAAAGUCACCAAGAAAACCUCAUUUGCCAAGGUGGAUGCCAAGAUGGAACAGUACCUAAAAUCUGGAAUACCAAAGGGGUCAAUAGUGCUCAUGGCAACACGAGGUCGUCCUGAAGGCCUGGUUGGUGUAGCACCAUAUCUGGUCUCCUUUGGCUUGGCCAAAGCUGCUGAUCUGCACAGUAAAGAGAGUCUGGCACUUUGGGGGUUCCUGGGUGGGUCGCCGCCUCCUCCAUGGGUUUCGCUGCAAGCAGGGCAGGCAGAUGAGUUCCUGGGGCUGCAGGAGCGAUACUUGCCGCUGGGUUUGGAGGCAUAUGGCUGUACGGCACCCGCAGUGCAAACACGCAAAGACCUGGAGCUGCUCAGAAAAGCCACAGGACUACAGUGACCAAUGUGAACUCCACAGUUUAACUACCCAAAAACACUCUUGCACACAGAUACACAAACACACACAACCAGCUGAUGAAUGUGAACUGCUGAACCUUUAAUUUAUUAACAGUGGCAAAGAUGUUUACCAAUUUCAAGUGGAGAGAAGGUAUUUUAAUAUGGGGGUGAGUAUUUUUGUGAUUUGUGUGUGUGUGUGUGUAUGUGUAAGCAUGCGUUGGGGCCGUUGAGUCAAUGCACUUUCCUUUUAAAGACACAACUUGCCUUAUCAGCCAAAGUGAUCAAUAGGAGCUUUAUAAUAACUCAGUUAUUUAUCCUGGAUAACAACAACAACAACAAAACAAACCCAAAGCAGCCUUUAACAUCUACCUACCAAUCCUAUUAUUUGUUAUGGAGUAGAUGAAAACUGAAUGAAUUGAAUUUAAGCCUGAAAACAAAACACAAAUCAUUAGAUACACACAGGCAAGGAGGAAAUUAUGAAAAUAAAUUGCAUUGUCCCCGAAAUGAGACCAUGUUCGAUUAGGAGAGUGAAGCAAGAUGGAUGAGAUGAGCUCAGGUCAAAGGGAAAUAAUGAAAAUAAAUGCCAAUCGCAUCUGAGAAUUAAAUAACAAUAUUAAGCCAAGUCUUGGACAUAUAGUGUAAAAACAGAGCAGGGUUACGUGUGUUAGCUAUUAAGAUUAUUUGAUGCAAAACCAAACAAGCCAUAUUCGUAUAAUAUUUAAAUGGUUAUAUAGACAUAUGGUAGCUUGCAGUAAAAAGAAUCUGGAUAUCUUGCCAUUUUAACAUAGAGAAAUUAUGUUAAAUAGAUAAGUUUCUACUAUAAAAGCCAUUAGUCUUUUUCCACCAGUCCUCACUCACAUCUUAUAUCUUUGUAGUUGAUGUCUAACAACUGAAUCUUUGACUGGAAAACCUCUGAACAUCGUGCAGCUGUGCAACUAAAUACUUUAAGCACCUUUUUAUGGAUUCCUACAUGGACUUACUGGAUCUUUUAUCUCAUAUUUUUAUUUAUCUCUUCACAGUGAUGGCGUCUCAAGUGCUGGUCACAUGUGCAGCACAAGUAUACAUAUAUAUUACCUUUUCUUGUUUGUUUCUUUGCUCAAAUGGACUUGAAUGUUUUGCCUUUCAUCUGCCUCAUACGUUAACUUUUCAUGUGCAUUAUGGCCAAAACUGUGUUUAGAUACAAUACAGGGUGCCUUUUGGAGCUUGUGCCCUGACUAGCCGCAAAAUGUACUCAGAUGAUAUACCAGCUACAAGGUGCAAGGCUUCAUGUUGAGAAAAAGGGUUUUUGGAUGUGAGCAGGGCUCCCCCACUGAGCGAUACCGAUCUGUGACUGUGUGUGUGACUGUGUGACCAGGUGACUGUCCAUGUGAGACAGAGACUGAGAGAUCCUCUGGAGGGCAAUUACCUUGUUGCCUUUUAACCACUCUACUGUUAAAAAGAGCAAAAGAACGAGACAAAAAAAACCCCUUGCCUUUUGUUCAGUUGAUGCUUUGAAGAUGCACAGCCAGAGAGUUCUUAAUGUUUUAAUUAGAAGUGAGCUUUGUAAAUAUGUCGUUUAAUGUUAUAGCUCAAACUGUACAUGUAAUGGAAAUAUCAAACAGGUUGUCCUUAGUGUGUGUAUUUACUGUGUUUUUGUUUUUUAUCAUUUGGGGAAAAAAUUAAGCAGGUUUCUUUCAAAUUGGAAACUUGAUAACUGUUAUGAGAUUGCUGGUUAAAUAAACAUUUAUGCUUUGUGAUAAAA